GAAGAACAGGGCAGUUUCAGCGUCACUCCCCUCAGAUGAAACUGAAAGUUUGUCCGAGCUGACAAUAAAGACGACAGUCUCUGUUUCUGUCUGAAGAAAAAACAAAGUUCCUCAAGACUUUCUGAGCAGCAGAGUCGGUCAAACACCGCACAGACAUGUCUGCUGCCAGCUGUCUGCUAUCUGAAGAUCAGUUUCUGUGCUCCAUCUGUCUGGAUGUGUUCACUGAUCCAGUCUCCACAUCAUGUGGACACAACUACUGCAAAAACUGCAUCAAUCAACACUGGAACACUGCUGACCAGUACCUGUGUCCGGUGUGUAAAAAGGUUUUUAACACAAGACCUCAGUUGAAGGUCAACACUUUGCUCUCUGAGAUGGUUGCUCAGUUCAAACAGGAAGCUCAACAGAAAGCCAGCAGCAGCAGCUCAGAGCAACAAGUUGCCAAACCAGGAGAAGUUUCCUGUGACGUCUGCACUGGAACCAAACUGAAGGCCCUGAAGUCCUGCCUGGUGUGUCUGACCUCCUACUGUGAGACUCACCUGGAGCCUCAUCUGACAGCGUCAGGCCUGAAAAGACAUCAGCUGAUCCACCCUGUGGAGAACCUGGAAGAUUGGAUGUGUACAAAGCACGAUAAACCUCUGGAGCUGUUCUGUAAGACCGACCAGACAUGUGUCUGCAUGCUCUGCUCUGUUUUAGACCACAGGACACAUGAGUUUGUUCCUCUGAAAGAAGAAUAUGAAGGAAAGAAGGCAGAGCUGGAGAAGACAGAGGCUAAAAUUCGGCAGAUGAUCCAGAAGAGACGACUGAAGAUUGAGGAGAUCAAACACUCAGUCAAGAUCAGUAAAGAUGAUGCAGACAGAGAGAAAGCAGAAGGUGUUCAGGUCUUCACUGCUCUGAAGGAGUCUGUUGACAGAGGCCUGAACCAGCUCAUAAAGGAGAUGGAAGAGAAACAGAAAACCACAGAGAAACAGGCUGAAGACUUGAUCACAGAGCUGGAACAGGAAAUCUCUGAGCUGAUGAAGAGAAGCACUGAGGUGGAGCAGCUCUCACUCUCUGAAGACCACCUCCACCUCCUCCAAAACUUCCCAUCCCUGAAAGCUGCUCUACCCACCAAGGACUGGACAGAGGUCAGAGUCCGUCCACCAUCAUAUGAGGGGACUGUGGUGAGAGCUGUGGCUCAGCUGGAGGAGACGCUCAGUAAAGAGAUGAAGAAGCUGUUUGAGGCUGAGCUGAAGAGGGUCCAGCAGUAUGCAGUGGAUGUGACUCUGGAUCCUGAUACAGCACAUCCUGAACUCAUCCUGUCUGAUGAUGAGAAACAAGUGAAACAUGGUGAUGUGAGGAAGAAUCUUCCAGACAACCCAGGGAGGUUUUCUCAUGGCCUCUGUGUCUUAGGAAAACAGAGUUUCUCUUCAGGCAGAUUUUACUUUGAGGUUCAGGUUAAAGGAAAGACUGAGUGGGAUUUAGGAGUGGCCAGAGAGUCGAUCAACAAGAAGGGUCUAGUCCGACUGAGCCCAGAGGACGGUCACUGGACGAUAUGGUUGAGAAAUGGGAAUGAGUACGAAGCUCUUGAUGACCCUUCAGUCAAUCUCUCUCUGAAGUCUGGUCCUGAGAAGGUGGGGGUGUUUGUGGAUUAUGAGGAGGGUCUGGUCUCCUUUUAUGACGUAGAUGCUGCAGCUCUCAUCUACUCCUUUACUGGCUGCUCCUUCACUGAGAAACUCUACCCAUUCUUCAGUCCAGGGCUUAAUGACGAUGGUAAAAACUUGUCCCCUCUAAUUGUCUCAGACUGAGCAGAUGAAUCAUUUUAGUUUCUAUAAAAACAUCCUGCAUUAUACAAGAUUACAGAAAGGCAUGUGGACUGUUGUCAUAUGAUUUGGACUCAAGGUCAAGUCAUCGACUUGAUUUCUUCACACUCAGCUAAAGAAAAUUCCCUCAACUUUGUUUUUAACACAAAUGUCCCAUGAAUUUAUUUGGAAAUGAGCCUUCUGUGUUGACAGACUUCCCCCUCCCAAGACAAAAGAGGAAGAGUCUUAAUUUGACCAAAAGCACAAGAGACAAAGAAGACAUUCAGGCCUUUAGUCAGACUGUUGGCACAUUUAACAUCUGUGGUACUUUUGAAUGAGUGAUGUUAUUGAUUAUAAGUUACAGCUGCCAAAAGCCAAACUAUCCACAACAUGAAAGGUCUAGAAAUCGGCAAAGCUUGAAAAACCACUCAGCUCUGUAACCACUGACUCUGUUCACUGUGUUUGGUAUUCAGUUAUUGUUGCUUUUAAUUUGUCAGACAUACUUAUGGUGCUGACAAGGUGUGUGAGGUGUUAGUGAGUGUUUUUUGUAUAGUUUGGUUGGAACUGUUCUUCACUGUGUGGUAGCUUUAGGCUAACUCUGACAUGGUGCAGAUAACGGUAAUAUUUCUGUGAGAUACUGUACAUACAGCAGGAUAAUGCUGUUCAUACAUGAAUAUUCUGUAUAAACUGCCCUGAGUUUAUAGCUUCAUGCUCCAAUAUUUAGACGUGUUGUACUUAUACAAGAAAAACAAUUAAGGAAAUCAAACGCUGAAUAUGUGUCAGUUUUUCCAUUUAUAUGUUAAAUAAAUUGAUCUUUAUAAACAAA